GAACUCUCAAGAGAUACAGUCAUUUUGUGAGGCAACUCCACCAGACUCUUCUAAAUUACCUCAAAUGUCUGACACCUAUAAGAAUUCCCUUUUUGACAUGCAGCAAAGUCUCAUUAACAGUCUUGAUUUAAAUAAUGCAGCCCCGACAACAUAUAUUGAACAAGAUGGAACAGGUGUCAUCGACGAUUUCGUUCAGUCAUUAGCGUCUGAAAAUUUUAAGUUAUUAGCAAAAAAAUCAGUGAAGAGGGAGGAAGCACUACCUCUUCACCAGCUGCCCACGACGUGUGACAGUUACUUGUAUGACAGCGUGUCACCUCCCGCGUCGCCCCGUAAACAGUCUCUUUUGACGAGGGAGCUCUCUAACAGCAAAAGAACGCCACCCUUCAUUAGAAAGCUUAGUCUCACUAGUACUCUGCCUGACUAUCAGCCACGAGAUGCUGCCUGCUGCAUAACGGAGGGCCUCGGUGGAAUGAUGAAGGAGACCAGUGAAUGCCACAGUGAGAAUUCUGUCUCAAAAACAAUUCCUAACGUGAUUUCAGGCAACACUUUCAAAGAUUCACAUCCUGGAGAGCAUCGAUAUCACAACAAGUAUCACCAGUGUUUCACGGUUAACACAAGUUUUGAUGACAAUAUCACUGAACACUUGGCAAAACCAAAGAAGAGUGUCAGUGCGCUAUCACACAAGUAUAGGAAAUCUAAAGACGUGACAAAUAGGUCAACAAAGAAGUUACCAAAGAAGGCACACCAGUCCGUGAAUGAAUCUCACACGUUCCUGGGGUCCCUUUUGAGCCCUACAUCACAAACGUCUAUCAGUACCAUCUUAACCACUCAAGACAGGCACUCCAAUCAGCGGAGCCGUGUUGUUCCUUACCAUCCUCUGGUUAAUUCCUCCUCUCCUACUAUACCAACAGCCUGCGCUGUUGCUUCUUGCACUCCAGACACGCCUACUAGCAGCUCCAACACAUCUGGAAUUUCGCCAGUGGCCUCACAAACCGGAACUAACAGG